AUGAGUUUGAAAUGGUCCCUAGGAAUCAUUCCGUAUUAUGUCGACCCAGAAAGUUACGAUAAAAUAAUUGAGAAUCGAAUCCGGUUAGCUAUGAAGACAAUUGAAAAAUCGUCGUGUUUGAAUUUCGAACGCUUAAAUUCGAAGCCGGCAGAUAAGAACUUGUCAUGGCUACAUUUUACUAACCCUCAGAAGGAGAGAGAUUGUACACAUCAAUUACAAGUCCGAGAAUAUGAAGAAGUAAUAGUAACAUUGGGCUUCGAAUGUAUGCUUCAUACGAAUAUAAUGCAUUCAUUGCUGCACGCCCUCGGCUUUAAUGAUGAGGUUACGCAUCCGCAUCGGGAUAAAUACAUUCGAAUUUUAUGGGAAAACAUGCAGCCCAAAUAUCGACCACUGUUCCUGAUGCAAACCGCAAACGAGCCAAACAGACCUGUCGUUGAAUACGACCCUCAAAGUGUUAUGCACUUCCACGAUCGGGCCUUCAGUGUUAAUGGCGAAGCUACUAUAGCGCCGUUGAUUCCCGGAAUGAUUAUACGAUCUGGUGAUAAAUUAUCCCAAUUGGAUAAAAUGAAAUUGAAAUUGUACUUCACACACGAAUGUAACAAGCGAACAGUGGAAGAGCUAAUCGAUGCUUGCAGGAAUAUAUUGCUGGAAAAUACUGUAGCAGGCAGGCAGCAGGAUAAAAACAAUUCAACCUACAAUAGAGCUACAGAUGAAGAUGAUACAGAGAAAGAUAGUGGAAAGUAUGAAAGUGAACAAGCAGAUGAAAGUGAUUAUACUAAUCGAGGUGAUCAAUAUGCUGAUAAUAUAUCUACAAAGGUUAAAGGUGAUAUACAAAGCAAAAAAGGAAAUAGUUACUUAACACAGAAAUUUAUUAAUAAAUCUUUGAAAAAAGAAGGAAUUAAAUAA